UUCGUUUUCCUUUAUAUGUUGUAACCAUUGCAUUGCAGUCUUUAAUCUAUAUAUGUCUUUUGCGUUUUAGAAAGGGGAGGAGAAUAAUUCCCCUCUCUUCCCGGUCAAUCCUCCGCUCUCCCUCUCGCAUUUUUCACUAUAAUUUCCUGGUUUUCAAAUGCGAUGUCACUUAAAGCGGAGAAUGUGAGCGGAUCUCACAGGUGUGUUACCAUUGCCAACUGAUCCAGAGCAGAACAAACACACCUGGAAUCAUCAUGUGAUCCUGUACCUGGGCGUGGAGAAAGUCCCUUAUGUUUUCUGGACUCUUUUGUUGAGUUGCCCGUGUCGUCUUCCAAUAGGAAUAGUCUAUCAGUAUUUUCUACGGAACUGUGCCUUUCUAAACAUACCCGCGCGCAUCCGAGAAGAGUAAAAUGUGAACUUUACAAGCAUUUUGCUUGGGGACCUAUUUUUUAUUUUUAAGGGGACUGAAAUCCGGACCACUCGUGUUUGUGCAACUACUGUUCUUUCAAGCACUUCUUUACGGUGUCCACCCCUGAGAGGCCUGAAUGAACAAGAGAGCGGACCAAGAGGGGAUAUGAUUGUGCCCUUCCUGCUCGACAACUACAGGAAGUAAUUGAGCGCUACAGGAAACAUGGCAAGCCGGUUUCAGGCCGCUCCCUUACUCCUCCGUCUCCUCCUGCUCUGUCUACCCGCUGCCGGCGGCCAGCAACAGGAAGAGGCUGUCCUGCAAUUCCUCUCCAAGACGCCCAUCAACAACGUGGUCCAAGACCCCAGCAGUGGCCGUGUCUACCUAGGGGCCGUCAACACCAUCUACCAACUGGACUCAGAGCUGAACGAGCAGGCCCGUGCCGAGACGGGCCCCAAGGAGGACGCCCGCACCUGUACCCCGCCUGUCUCGGCGUGCCAGGACACCAAGCCCACCCCGAACGUCAACAAGCUGCUGCUGGUCCACCCGGCCAACGGCUCCCUGAUUGUCUGCGGCUCCCGUUACCGGGGAAUCUGUUCCCUGGUCAACCUGACCAACGUGGAGCAGCAGCUUUACUACAGCGACUCCAAGGGCGAGAGGACGUACGUGGCCAGCAUAGAGGAUGGCGUGGCCGUGGUUGGCGUGAUGUCCACGUACGUCAGAGACGGUAUCACCUUUGACGUGUUCCUGGUGGGGAAGGGCUACGGCAGCCUGGACAGCUCCAAACUCAUCAGCACCCGGAUCCUCCAGGACUACCGCGAUUGGGUGGUGUUCGAGAGCAUCAUAGAGGCGUCGACCGUGCAGGCCACCCCCUUCGUCCCCAGGUACAUGCACGACUUCCGGCACGCCUUCAAGGAGGAGGGAUUUGUGUACUUCCUGUUUUCCAGGACCAUGGGCAGCACCGACAACAAGAACUUCAAUUUCGUGUCGCGGCUGUGUGAGGAGGACCACCACUAUUACUCGUACACAGAGCUGCAGCUCAGCUGCGGCCUUGGGAAUCGGUACAACAAGGUCCAGGCUGCCUACGUGGCAUCUCCGGGUAAAGAGUUGGCCCGGGUGAUGACCGAGUUGGGCCAGUAUGGCACAGUCCAGCCCGAGCACAAGGUGCUGUUCAUGGUGGCUAGCCCGGACGAAGACAGCACUGACUCGGCCCUGUGCAUGUACCCUCUGAACGCCAUCAAUGACAAGCUGGUGGAAAUCAUCACCGCCUGCUACAGCGACUCAGGCAAGAUCAGAGAUAUACCCGCUGUGGACAUCCCCUACUCCUCCAAGACAGACCAGUUCUGCACCUCCCGCAUUAGCAAAGACACACUGAACAACUUUAAGUGUGGGGCAGACUUCCUUCCCUCUCCGCUUGCCAGUAAGCCGGAGUUUGCCCUCCAGGUAGAAGCGGUCUUCACCAAGAAUGUCCUACUGACCGCUGUCGCUAUCGCUGUAGAGAACGACCACACUAUUGCAUUCCUGGGGAACAGCAUGGGGGAAGUGUUCAAGGUACAUCUGACUGCCAGCCCGGAAAUGUACGGUCGAUGGCUAGGUGACCCCACAAGGGAGCGUGUCAACAAAAACCUCUUCUUCAGCGCCAACUACAGCCACCUGUAUAUCAGCACAGAGAAAAAGAUCACCAAGGUGCCCGUGCAGAGGUGCCACUUGAAAAGAGACUGUCAGUCCUGUAUGUCACUACGGGACCCCUACUGUGGCUGGUGUGUUCUACAGGGCAGGUGUACCAGGAGGUCUGACUGCCGGCGAGCGGAGGAGAAAAAUGGCUGGUUGUGGAGCCCCAACCAGCAGUGUGUGACUAUCAAGUCCUUCCACCCACCCAACCUCAGCUGCAAGAAGACCCAGCAGGUGACAAUCAUCGUGCCUUCCCUCCCCUCCAUUGGUCAGGCGGACCGUCUGCGCUGUGUUUUUCCAACCUUCAUGAGCGAGGCCACCAUGUCCUCCACGCAGGUCACCUGUUUCCUGCCCAGCCCUUCGUCUUUACCUGCCACACCCGACAACCAAGAUUUUGUGGCGGUGCCCAUAAAGAUCUUCUUUAAUGACACUGUGGAGCUGGCGACAAAGGAUUUCGAGUUCUACAACUGUUCUGCCACUGUGAGGAGGGCAGAGCAUGCACCGUGUAUGGCGUGUGUGGCCAGUCCAUGGGGCUGUCAGUGGAACAUACAGGACCACACUUGUCAGGACAUGGAUGAUUUGGUUCUUGGCCCUCAUAUCAUCAAACACAGACAGGGGGCGAAGUGUCCCCAGUUUGAGAACCCCGACCCUUUUCUCAUUCCCGUGGGGUUGAAAACCACCAUCAGCUUUGAGGGCAUCAAUGUGAAUGUGUACCAGGGAAGGACAUUCACCAUCGGCACAGAGCUGAUGAGGAACAUGGAGGAGGACGUCAGGUUUGAAGCUGGGCACUUUUACAACUUCAACGGUUUUAACUUUUCUUUCAAUAAAUCACAGGAGACCAACGUUUUCUUCUACGUUAAGGACAAAGAAUCAGGCAAGAAGAUAGACAGCACACUAAAUGUGACCCUGUACAACUGCUCGGUGGGCCGGGAGGACUGCAGCUUGUGUAAGAAUGCAGAUCCUAAGUACAGGUGUGUGUGGUGCACCGAGAGGAAGUCCUGUGUCUAUAAGACGCUGUGUACAAAUGAACAGGGCAAAGAGGAUCCCCAGGAAACCGAGUGUCCUGACCCACAAAUCACUGAGAUCACCCCUCUCUAUGGGCCCUUAAAGGGAGGCAUCUCUGUAACUAUCAAGGGUUCCAACCUAGGCAUCCGCAAGGAGGACGUCAAGGCCAUCCUAGUGGUGGGGGUGCCCUGUGAACACCAGAAAGACAAAUACGCCGUCUCCACCAGGGUGGUGUGUGAAAUAGACUCCCUGGACUCCCAGAGCGCCACCAGGGGGCAGGUGGAGGUGGAGCUGGAAGGAGGGAAGAGAGGGACGUCCUUGGCUGUCUUUACAUUCCGGGACCCCGAGGUCCACUCUGUGCAUCCAGCCAAGGGCCCCAAGGCCGGGGGAACGGUCAUCACCAUUUCUGGCUCCCACCUGAAUACAGCCACCAGGGAGGACAUCACCGUCACUAUCGAAGGGGUGGCGUGCACUGUGGAGAGUUUCGGUGCGACCAUCACCUGCAAGACCGGAGAGUACCGGGCGGACAAGGUCCCCUCUGACCUCCUUCCGGUCACGGUGAAGUAUGGGAAGAGCACUACCACGACCGUCUCUUCAGCCUUCCAGUUCUUGGAGAACCCAAACAUCCAGGACCACCAGCCCAGGGGAAGCUUCGUAUGUGGUGGGAGGUCUGUCGUGGUUACCGGCUCUGGAUUUGACCUGAUUCAGAAUGCCAUCAUGAAGGUCAAUACCUCUACUAACAUAACUUCUCAGUACGUCCAGAAGGCCGUGAGUAAGAACGACACGGUGCUCCAGUUCCUCUCCCCUGCCGUCAACGCUUCCUAUGAGUCGUUCAAGACCUACGUCCAGCUGGACAACUACGAGAGGGAGCUCACGCCCUUCGAUUACCACCCCGACCCUGCCUUUAACCUCUUCGCCAAGCCCAUCAUCAUAACCGAGACCUCCAUCAUCUCCGUCACUGGUCGGGGCUUCUCCAAGGCCAUGACAGCCAAAGAGGCCCAGGCGUUUGUAGGGGACGUCCAGUGCAUCGUCAACACCCUACAGGAUAACAAGCUGUUCCUGGACCCCCCCUCCAGCCAGCCACGGGCCCGCUCCAAACGUCACCGUAGACGCAGAGACACCAGCUCCAACUCUUUGGACCUGCUGAUUAAGUUUGGAAAUGGAGAGUGGUUGGUGGGCUCGGUGCACUAUGAGAGCAAGUAUGAGGUGCCUUUCUUCAUCAUCAUCCCAGCAGUCAUCGUUCCCAUGUUACUCAUCAUCCUCAUCUCGCUCUACUGCUACAGGAGGAAGAGCCAGCAGGCUGAGAGGGAGUAUGAGAAGGUGAAACACCAGCUGGAAAAUCUGGAGGAGAGUGUGCGAGACCGCUGCAAGAAAGAAUUCACAGACCUGAUGAUCGAAAUGGAGGACCAUACCAAUGACGUAAGUGAGGGUCGAAUCCCCUUCCUUGACUAUAAGACCUACACCGACCGGGUCUUCUUCCUGCCCUCGAAGGACGGGGCCAACGACGUGAUGAUCACAGGCAAGCUGGACAUCCCCGAGGCACGGAAGGCCAUCGUGGCUCAGGCCCUCAACCAGUUCUCCAACCUGCUCAACAGCAAGACCUUCCUCAUCAAUUUCAUCCGGACGCUGGAGGGACGUCCAGACUUCACUGCCCGAGCAAAGGUAUACUUUGCCUCCUUGCUGACAGUGGCUCUGCAUGGGAAGCUGGAGUACUACACUGACGUUAUGAGGACCCUGCUGCUGGAGCUAAUGGGGAACUACGUCGACAGCAAAAACCCCAAACUCAUGCUGCGCAGGUCAGAGACCGUGGUGGAAAGGAUGCUGUGCAACUGGAUGUCCAUCUGUCUCUACCAGUUCCUCAAGGACUCAGCAGGGGAGCCUCUGUAUAAACUGUUCCGGGCCAUCAAGCACCAGAUAGAGAAGGGACCUGUGGACGUACGAGUGAAGAAGGCAAAGUACACUUUAAACGACACAGGCCUUCUAGGAGACGAUGUUGAAUACUGUGUCCUGACACUGCAGGUCCUGGUGCACGGGGAGGGGCCGGACGUGACGCCUGUCAAGGUGUUGAACUGUGACACUGUGUCUCAAGUGAAGGAGAAGAUCAUUGAGGCUGUGUUCAGGAACUUGCCUUACUCCCUCAGACCCACGGUGGACAGCGUCACUCUGGAGUGGCGCCCCGGUUCCACAGGGCAGAUCCUGUCAGACUUGGACCUGACGUCCCAGAAGGAAGGCAGGUGGAGGCGAAUCAACACCCUGGCCCACUACAAUGUGCGGGACAAUGCCACUCUAGUCUUGUCAAGGGUUGUUCACACUCAUCACAACUACAACCAGAACCAGGAUUACCAAGAGGAGAGAAACGCCUUGUUGGAGGAUGAUAAGGUGUUCCAUCUAGUUCGGCCGGAUGAGCUGGAUGAGAUGAAGUCCAAGAGGGGCAGCAUGAAGGACAAGUCCAUGACCAAAGCCAUAACUGAGAUCUACCUGACACGCCUGCUGUCUGUCAAGGGGACCCUGCAGCAGUUUGUGGACGACUUCUUCCGCAGCGUGCUGUGUUCAGGUGCCGUAGUGCCGCCCGCCGUCAAGUACUUCUUCGACUUCCUGGACGAGCAGGCGCUCAAACACGACAACGUGGACGAGGAGACGAUCCACAUCUGGAAGACCAACAGUUUGCCUCUGAGGUUCUGGGUGAACAUCCUGAAGAACCCUCACUUCAUUUUUGACGUCCACGUGACAGAGGUGGUGGACGCGUCACUGUCCGUCAUUGCUCAGACCUUCAUGGACGCCUGCACCAAGAGUGAGCACAAACUCAGCCGGGACUCUCCUAGUAACAAACUACUCUAUGCAAAGGAGAUCUCCACCUACAAGAAAAUGGUUGAUGAUUACUACAAGGGCAUCAGGCAGAUGAUAUCAGUCAGUGACCAGGACAUGAACACUCAUCUGGCAGAGGUGUCUCGGACUCACACAGACAAGCUCAACACUCAAGUGGCCCUCUAUCAGCUCUACCAGUACGCCAGCAAGUACUACGACGGGAUCAUCCAAUCCUUAGACGAGGACCCGGCCGCCCAGAGUAAACAGCUCACCCUGAGGCUGCAGCAGAUAGCAGCCGCCCUGGAGAACACCGUGACCGAUCUGUAACCACCGGAGGGGCCGGGGAGAACCCGCGAAGGGACGAAUGGAGAAGGAAAGAGAGAGAGGGAGGGAGAUGGGACCGCUAGUGUCCAUGGGGGCUUAUUUCUGCUGGCGGAAGAGAGAGAACCAGAGGAGGGCAGCCCUUGAAGGGCCUUGAUGUUGAUGAUGUUGACACUGUCAACCCAGCAGGCCAAGAGUUAGAGGAAUCUCAGAGUCUCCAGGGUGGAGCCCUGUGGGACCAAGGAAGCAAAGCGAAAGAUUGUUUGGGAAGGGUCAUGACGCCUUAACUUAAGUCCACUUGCCAAACUGAAAUAGGUGGUUUUCAAAUGCCAACUCUCACCGUACCCACAAUGCAACAUGGGCCCAGCCUUGAGAAAUAAGCCCCUGUGACUGUCACUGUGCGGCAUAAAGAGAUAAUCAGAUGUUCAAUUUCUUCCUGUGUAGAGACGUUUUUAAGAAUUGUAUUAUAUAUAUUUUUUAUUGUGCAGUCUUUUUGCGGAAAGCUUUAUAAGGAGAAAUUAUCUUUUUAAAUGGACCGCCUUGUGGUGUGAAUUGUGCGUGUAUAGCCUGUGUUUGAAUAUGGGUUUGGGUGCGUGUGUGAGUGUAACGCCCUAUCUGUCAUUAGUGUCCACCAGUCACCCAGACACAAGAGUCGGUUCUCCCAUUGAACUCCUCGUCACAAACUACAGGGUCCUGACUGAGGCAGGUUAACUAAUUACAUGACGUUCUUAGAAAUCACAGGGAGAGAUUUCGUUCUCUCCAAUGAUUGGUUGUUAUUUUAUAUUCACAUUCCUCAGAGCUCAAUCGCUGGGUGUGGCUACCCAUACACCCUUAGGUCCUUCCACUCAAAGAUCAAUAUUACACAUGUUACCCUGCGUAAUUAUUGGGAUGGUAAACAUUUAGUUGUUUUGGUUUUGUUUUCGAAAUGUUUGGAUUUGAAGUCAAGCGAUUACAUUGAGAUUAAAGUCUACCAAUUCUCCCCUGUUAAUUGAGGGUAUUUGUUUAUGUUGACUUGUAAAUUGACCAUUUAACACAUUAUACCAACACAUUAUAGAAAAUCCUCUGUUUCAGAGCAAUGAUAGCAACUUGGGAGUUUUUCUGGCAAAAACUUUCCUGAUUGACCAUGUCAAUCUUCAAAGUUAAAUUGAAUUGAAGAUACCUUUAAUUGGCUGGAUUUGAAACUUAAGGCAAACAACAACAAAAUAAACAGACACUGAAGAUUUGCAGUACAGGCCUGGCAGAGUUUCACCAUAAAAGAUUCCCAGUGGGGUCAAUGGGUCACAGAAUUUAGGUAGUUAUUGUGUGCAAAUUAUAUGGGGGCAAAUACUAGGUAGUUGACUAUGUAUGGAAAGUGUUGUCCUUUCCAUAUGGUGAAAACAAUGUACAAAAAUACAAUCUAAAUUGUAGAAUCUGUACUUUAAUCUUUUGUAGUUGUUUAAUCUCAAAUUUCAGGGUUUGUAGUAUAGAGCCAAGAGAAAAAAAUGCUUAUUGUCCCAAAUAUUACAGAGGGCUCUGUAUAUGUACCCCAUGAAUAAAUACUGGUAUUUGAGAACUUGUGAACUUGAGUAAGGAGAAAUGUUCUGCCAUUUCAACUUGUGUAAGGAAACAAAAUCUGCCAUUUCAACUUUUGACCACUGGUAUUUAGAAAACAGUUAGUUUUCAGCUCCAAUGUAUUUUUAUUUUUUGAAUCCUCCAAAUUAUUUAAUAUAUUCUAAAUAGCAUUAACUUACAUUUUGUUUUACAUGAAUUGCAUUUUACUCUGACACUAGUAAAGCAUAAAUCCUGCAAUACCUUUAACAUUUCUCAGACAUUCAGAUAUUAAUAUUUCAAGGUGUCACUUCUAUAUAAUAUUACAUUAGUUUUUUUUAUAUUUUAUAUAGAGUAGCGAAGCAACAAUUCUUUAUUACUUUGUGAAAAAUAGAGAGAAAUAUACAUUUUCGUAGGAAUUCUCUUACAGUAGCCAACUAAUUAUUAGGACCAUGCAACAAACUGUUAAUAUUGUUUUGUGUUUCUUUAUGCCAUUGGGUGCCAUAUUACCGCACUAAUAAAAUGAUAUUAUUAGGUGCAUUUAAGCUUUGAAAGGUACUAAAGAGAGUGGUACGUGUUUUUAUGUUUUUAAUAAUAUUUUUACAACAUAAACCAUCAUUGGUACAAUGUGGCACAUGUCAAGUCAGUUCAUAUACUUAAUAAUGAAUUGCAAUAUAAAUUAUGGCAUUCUAGUUACCCAAUGGUUAUAAUAAUUGAUUCCAUUUGUAUCACGCUUGUAAUCAUACAAAAACAAUCUCAAAGUGCAUGCGUUGACUUGGUGCCUGGUAUGAUUUGUUAAUUGCUUUAUAGGAUUUUUGCCAUUGACAUCCGUUACCCUGCACCUUAUCUAGGGACGCUUUAAGUACUCAUCAUACACUUCUGACCACUAUUGUUUGAAUUGACGAGCUCCCUGAAUUCAGUCAGUGUGUGUGGUCUAGUCUCGGUUUGGACCUUUCAGUCCCGGACCCCAGAAUGUUAGCGCUAUUCCUGCCUUUGGUAGAGUUAGGUUUGCACAGGGCCUGUGCCUGCCGGCCUUCCUGCCUGCCACCACCGCGGCUAGCAUGGCAUCCUGGCACCCCGGCCAAGCCACAUUUGGCACUGCCCACUCAGCACAGAACAGAGUGGCACUCUGCAUAAUGGCGUCAGCGGGGGUACGUUUGAUCUUAAUUGCAUGCUGACUGCAGACUGCGUCCUCCUCUAACACUGCUCUUGUUUACCACGGCAGACUCCACUCCCGACGGAGUGAUGCAAAAGCUUAUUUCAAGCCUUUCUUUAACCAAAAUGUGCCUUAGAGGAUAAUAUUGUUUCUAUUGUUCUAUUGGUGAUUAUAACUAAGCGAUUAUAGUAAUAGAAGACACAGCAAUGUAUUUGCGAUCGUGAUAUGUGUGUGUUGUCAAAUACUAGAAGUCUGCUGCAGCCUUUCCUUGCCAAUCGGCUGGACACAUUUCAGUAUCAUUUCCGCGGUUGCAGAUUCGAUGUGUAUGUUUAAUUUGGGUGUCUGUGGUGUGUGCUUAUAGUAGGACUAUGAUGGCUAUGGCAACAGCCCGAAUAAACAAGUGUAAAGCAGAGGCCAACCGUAGACUGGUUUCCCCUAAAAUGUCUGGCAUUCCUAAAUUAGUCUUAAGACAAAACAUUUACAAACGUAGAGCAUUGAGUAUAGCGCAAACUGUUCCAAUGGUGUUUUUUGCCACGUGAUUCUAAGCUGUUCCUCUGUGUGUAUAAUAAAUGACUGUAUCUAUACUCGACAAUUACCUUUCUUACUGCUGUGCAGUUAUUAUUUUUAUUUCUUGUUUCUUAUAACAUAUACCUUUGUAAAAAAGAAAAUAAACAUGUUCAAAUACUGUAUUCUAACUGUAUAAUCCUAUGCAUUGGGAAGAAUCCUGUUUGUUGUGCUGUUGUCGAGAUCUUUCCUUUCCAUGUGAAUGUGCCGUGACAUAAGAAAAAUGGGACAGUGUGGAACCUAAAUGAAAGCCAACAUUUUUCUCAUUUAAGGCAGCUCAGAAGACAUUGAUCAUGUUACCUGAUCUGUUUGUCACUGGAUUACUCACUUCUCAGAGGCUUAUGUGGAUGGAGCAAUUACGUACAGAUUGCAUCAUACACUCCUCCAUUAAUAAACAGAGACAUCCAU